AUGUUCGUGGAACAACGGAAUCCUCCACCUCAAGAUCCAGCUCCAGUACGGGAAUUGCCGCCAGUAGACUUGGGAAUCGAAGCUGUAGAAGCUCUACCGCCACUUGACACCAUCUGGGUGACACUGUUGACCUAUCUCACGAGUUUCCAGGGACAACUUAAUGAGCCUCGUCAACCCCGAUCCAAGGUUCAAGAAUACAUGGUCUCACAGUUCGAGGUUCUUGUGCAAGCAGCGCGACGAGAUUGGGAUCUCACAAACGGUCUUUGGUUACAACCGACAAUCAAUUUCUUGACCAAAAUGCACGAGAACAUGACUGCAUAUCGAGAACAAUAUGGACAGUAUUGGGAACAAUGGAACCCAGAAGAAAACGUGGAACAGGGAAAUCAAUUCAAUCAGAUGAAUGUCGGUCAAGGCGUGAGCAAUAUCAACAACGGACAACAAGUUCAAUUUAAUAUGUUCUUUAACAAUGCGAAUCUCAACCUCUUUGCUGGGAGCAUUCAGCAAUUACUUCAAGUGCUCAAUGGAAAUCAAACCCACGGUGAUCACGGUAACGAUCUCUUCGUCUUAGUCAUCCACCAAGCGCUGCUGACCAUUGAAAAAUAUUUUACGUUGAAGCGUUUCCAUCAAUUGCCUAGCUACUGCGAUAUGAAAAUACAAGUGACAAUGAUGAUUCAGCAAUACUUGACGCAAAACAAUCAACAACGACUUCGCGAUGAGUACGAGCUCUUUUACAAUGCUCCAUUCUCUGACGGUGUGCUCGGACAUCUCCUUGGACAGCAAGACAAGGAUCGCUUGAUGGCAAAAUGCUACGAAAAAGAUCUGAGAAAUAUGCGUGGUUUUAUCGAUCGUUUACAACACGAUUCACCGGAUGACGCUGAUGAUUUAAUGCUAUCAAUGAGUGAACAAGCUCUGCGAAAGAUUCGCGAAAAGAAACUUGACUCAAACAAUCGCUUUUUCAACAAAUUAACCAAUCAUUUCUACAAUAUCGCCGGAUAUCUAUUCGUUUUUUGCUUUGGGUUUUUGUUGGCAAAGUUUCCCGAGUUAUUAAUCCGAAUUUUGAUC